AUGUCGUCUCCGAAUAAAUACAUCUCCAAGCUCUCUGGGGCUAACAUUCUCAUCAUCGGUGGAACUGCUGGAGUCGGCUAUGCCGUCGCAGAGGCUGCUAUCGAACACGGCGCUGCUUUGGUCAUUCUCUCCACCUCGAACCCCGAUCGAGUAUCCGCCUCUACCUUGGGGCUCCGCGACUCUUACCCUUCCUCCAGCUGCCAGAUUAAUGGCUUCACGUGCGAUUUAAAGCAAGAACACCUCCUUGAAGCCAACAUCGAAGCUCUCUUCAGCGCCGCUACCUUGAACGGGACGCGGAAACUGAACCAUGUCGUCUUCACAGCAGGAGACCAUCCCAUCCCAAAGCCCCUGGCUCAGAUCAACUUCGAAUUCAUCAAGAACACCGGACUCGUGCGAUUCUUCGCGCCACUGUUAAUCGCAAAACUUGCAGUCAGUCACAUGGCGCCAGGCCUGGCAUCCAGCAUCUCGUUCACGUCUGGAGUAAGCGCUUAUCGACCGUACCCUAAUUGGAACGCGCUGGGUGCCUAUACCGGUUCAUUGGAGGGUAUGGUUCGAAGUUUGGCGGUGGAAAUGAGGCCAGUGCGCGUCAAUUUGGUUACCCUUGGGCCUGUUGAUACGGAUCUCAUUUCUCGGUGGUACUCCACCCCAGAGGCGCGCAGGGAAGGGCUAGACUCUAUCGGACAUACUUUGAUAACGGGGAGAAUCGGCCAAGCUGAAGAUGUCGCAGAGGCUUAUGUUUACUGUAUGAAGGACUGUAACUUGACAGGAUCGGUGAUCAAUUCCAACGGAGGAGUGCUGAUGGUUUGA